ACAAAGAAAUAAAGUAGACCAAAAGCUAGUGGAAGAAGAGCUAGUUAAAAGGAUGGAGGAGUAUAAUAAGAGUUUGGAGAUGUUAGUUCUGUUGAAACAAUGUGAAGUUCACAAGGUCAAAUUUCACAUACAAGUUCAAGCUGGAAAUUCACGAAAGGUGGUUGCUGUUAUAGCAAUCAAAAGGUUGGAACCCACUUGGAUCAUUCUAGAUAGGGAAAUGAAAAAAGAGAAGAAGUACUUUAUGGAGAAGCUAUCAUGUGGAAUAUCAAAAUUGAAAAGUGACAACUCCAUAGAAGACGUGAGAGGACCGUUAAAAUUAAUGGAGAACACUAAGGUCUCCCUUACUCGAAAUACAUUUUCGUAUGAUGAAAUGAUACCGGGAGAGGAUGAUUCAUCAGAAGAACGUCCUUCUUCGCAGCAAAACUCGAAAGCUGUUUCUCGUACGAGAACCUCAUGCAAAGAACAGGCAAGCAGUAUACCAGGAAAGCUCUAUUCAGAUUUUUGUGAAAACAAAGUAAAAAGAUCUUCUUCAACUGACUUAGUAGAUCCAAGUUCAAGUUCCUCUUUCCAGAAAGUGAAAACAACAACUGGAAACUCACCAUCCCACGUCUCCGAUGACCAAAACCAAAAGCAUGAACAUAUCAAGGACAGUGAAAGAGAGGAGAUAUUCGAUGAUCAAUAUUUGUAUGGCGUAAUAUCCGAGAAAUCUGAAUGUUCCUUUUGUGGGAACAGAAGGCCGAAAAUGAGACUGCAUAAGGACUUCAGUUAUAAGGAACUUGAAGAAGCAACAAAAGGAUUUUCCAAUGAGAAUUUUCUAUCAGAAGGCGGAUUUGGUUCUGUUUAUAAAGGGUAUUUAAAGAAGGGACUAAGAGUUGCUGUGAAGCAGCAUAAUGAUAUGAGCCUUCAAGGAGAUAAAGAAUUCAAGUCCGAAGUUGAGGUUCUAAGCAAAGCUAGGCAUCCAAAUUUGGUCAUGUUGUUAGGGUCUUGCUCUGAAGGUAGCCAAAAGUUGCUUGUCUAUGAGUAUGUUUGCUAUGGUUCUCUAGACAAAUUCUUAUCAGGGGAUAUAAGAAUGUCUCUCAGUUGGGAGAAGAGGCUAAAAAUAGCUUUGGGUGCUGCCAGAGGCUUAGAAUAUCUUCAUAAACACAACAUCAUUCACAGAGAUAUUAGACCUAACAACAUCCUCAUCACACAUGAUCAUGAAUCACUGUUAGGAGAUUUUGGACUUGCAAAAGCGGCGUAUGAUGAAUUACAACAUUCUUCUGGUAACAACGUGGUUGGUACUUUUGGAUAUAUGGCACCAGAAUAUGCAGCAAGUGGAAAGUUCUCGACUAAAACAGAUGUUUAUGCUUUUGGGGUUGUUCUGCUGCAGCUUAUCACUGGACUCAAGAACACAGACAACUGUCUUGAAGAUAAAAGUCUUGUUGAAUGGGCAAUACCUCUUCUGGAGCAAAAGAAUUAUCCUCGUCUAAUUGAUAAAAGUAUUGUCGAUUCCCAUGAUUUCCAUCAGCUAUUUUGGAUGGUUGAGUUAGCAGCAAAAUGUCUCGAAAAGGAUCCUGAUAAGAGGAAUACCAUGGAAUGGGUGGUUAAGAUUUUGAGUGAUAUAAUGGAAGGAAAUGCUGAUACUUCUAUAGACUUCAACACCAAAAGCAAUAAUGAAGAUGAUAAAAUUCUUGGAACAGUAACAACUUCUUCUUCAUUUUCAACAGACAGAACAUGUUCAUCAAAAAGGUGGAGUCCUUCAUCAUCCAAUAGUACUCAUGAAGAAUGUGAAAGUAGAAAGAUCCCUCUCAAACAUAAAGGGGCAACUCCAAACAAAAGCAAACUACUUUAUAAAGAGAUGAUUCAUUGAGUAGU